AUGACUGGUGAUGGGAAGGAACGCAUCUUACCGUCAGUUUAUUUUCUCGCUCUUCCCCACUCACAUAUAUUUCUCAUUUUCUCUUUCUUCCUCUCUAUGCACACCUAUUUUUCUUUCUGUCGCUAUCUAUAUAUGUCUAUAUUCUUUCUUUCUUCCUCACUUUCUUUCUCUCUCUGUAACCUUUUACUUUUCCUCUCUCUCUCUCUCUCUCUCUCUCUCUCUUUGUCUGCACAAACAUACACACACGUAUCUCUCUCCAUGUAUAUUGUCUUUCUUUCUCUCUCCAUGUAUAUUGUCUUUCUUUCCAUGUAUAUUUUCUUUGUCUCCAUGUAUAUUAUCUCUCCCUGUGUAUAUUGUUUCUCUCUCCAUCUCUAUCGUCUUUCUUUUUCCCCAUGUUUACACGUUCUCUUUCUCCAUGUAUAUUGUCUACUUUUGUCCAUGUAUAUUGUCUUUCUCUCUCUCUUUCCCUUGUUGUAUAUAUAUUCUCUCUCUCUCUCCACGUCUCGUAUUUUAUUCUCUUUCCACCCAUCUAUUUAUUCUCACCCUUUCCCAUCUAUGUUCUCUUUCUUUCACCCUCUCCUCCAUGUAUAUUUCUUUCUCUGUCUAUCCAUGUAUACUGUUUUUCUUUCUCUCUAUCCAUGUAUAUUGUUUUUUCUCUCUCUCCGUCUAUAUUGUAUUCUCUCUCUCUCAAUACAUAGAGUUUUUUCUCUGUCUGUCUGUCUCUCUCUCUCUCUCUCUCUCUCUGUCUCUCUCUCCAUGUAUAUUAUUUUUCUCUCUCCCUCUCUCUCGCUGUGUAUAUUGUUUAUUCUCUUUCUCCCUCUCUCGCACCGUGUAUAUUGUUCUCUCUCUCUCUCUCUCUCUCUCUCUCUCUCUCUCCAUGUAUAUUGUUUUCUCUAUAUCUCUGUGUAUAAUUGUUUUCACUCUAUCUCUAUUUCUCUCUACGUGUGUAUUGUUUUAUCUCUCUCUCUUUCCGUGUAUAUUUUCUCACUCUCUCUCUCUCUCUCUCUAUUAGUCUUUCUUUCUUUCUUUCUCCCUUCCCAUGUAUAG